AUGGCUAAAGCGUUGCUUUCAGAGUGGCCAGAAACAUGUCACCGUUUGUGCAUUUGGCACAUAUACCAAAACGCAGCCAAGCAUCUUAGCAAUGCUUUUGAGAAGUUCAAAAAUUUUAUCAAAGACUUUGGUAGAUGCAUAUAUGAUUAUGAAGAUAAAGAUGAUUUUAUAAACGCUUGGAAUAACAUGCUUGAAAAAUAUAAUCUCAAGGAUAAUGAUUGGUUGAGGCGAUUGUUUAAUAUAAAGGAGCAAUGGGCAUUAGUUUAUGGGCGACAAACUUUUUGUGCUAAUAUUACUACUACCCAACACAGUGAAAGCAUGAAUAGUGCUUUAAAGAAGUAUAGGUUAGUUGAAGAUCUUCGUUAUCAAGAGUUGAAAGCUGAAUUUAGAGCAAGUCAAAGUUCACCUGCAUUGUCAUUUCCAGUGGAAAUAUUAAAGCAUGCAUCAAAUAUACAUACACCAGAAAGGUUAGUUGAAGAUCUUCGUUAUCAAGAGUUGAAAGCUGAAUUUAGAGCAAGUCAAAGUUCACCUGCAUUGUCAUUUCCAGUGGAAAUAUUAAAGCAUGCAUCAAAUAUACAUACACCAGAAGUGUUUAAGUUGUUUCAAGAUGAGUUGUGUAAAGCUCAUGAUUGUGUCUUGAAAUUCAAUGGUGAGAUUGGAAGCAUCAGCAAAAAUGAAGUUAUCCCUCAUAAGAAGUAUUGGCACCACACAGUCACAUUUGACUCAAUAGAUAAUACGGUUUUAUGUAGUUGUAAGAAGUAUGAGUUUGUAGGAAUCUUGUGUGCGCUUGCCUUAAAAGUCCUCUCUACAAGAAAUAUUAAAAGUAUUCCAGCUCAAUAUAUCUUGAAGAGAUGGACCAAAAAUAUUAAGGCUAAGAGUGCAAAAUCUACUUGCAAUGUCUCUAGUGAAAAUGACUCAAAAGUAGAAAUUGUCAGGCGUUACAGAGAAUUAUGUCGGUUGCAUACUCAGUUAGCAAAACGAGCAUCAGAGUCGAAAGAUGCAUAUGAAACUGCUAUAUUAGGACUUAACAAUACGUUGAGAGAUGUGGAUGCGUGUUUGAAGAAGAAAGCAAGUCAAGAACCAACUCAGGUGAUCUCAACAGCUACCAGUGCCUCUAAGCUUAAUGAGUAUAUUUAUAUUGACGAUGAUAUCAUUAAAGUUAGAGGAAUCAAAACUAAGACCAAAGUUGUUGGCAAUUCUAAAAGGCCAAAGAAUGCUUUGGAAAAGCUCACAAAGAAGAAAAAGCCUCGAAAUAAAGAAGAAUGUGCUCUAUUAGAACAGGAGCCUGAUUCUCACAAUGAGACUAUUCACAUGCCAACCCAAUCUCAAGCAACAAUGGAUAUUUCACAGCAAUACUACAUAAGAACCCACAAUACUUUGAGCAACUAUCAACAAGGUCCAACUAGCAUGAUGAAUUUAUUGCAGGCAGAAUUACCACAAGAAGAAGAAUUAAGCUUACUGAGCUCUGAAGGACUAGACUUGCUGAGCUCUGAAUUGACAUGCAGUGCCAAGACACAUGAUGUUGAAUGA